UGCACAAGUGUUGGUUAUAAAUUAUUCAAUGCAUGUUUUGAAAUGUGGGAAAUAAAAAAGAGUCAGCGAGAGUAAGGGAAGUCAGCGAGACAAGUGUAUUUGUAUGUGACAGAAAGCGAUGGAGUCCAAGUGGUUGAGCAAACUCGCAAAAAUGCUCUAUUUAAGACACUUACCCUUCCCCUUCAACUUGAAGAUAACACACAAACAUUUAUUCAUCUAAAUAUCUGUGGAGAGAGAGAGAGAGGAAAAAGAGAAGAAGAAUAGGAUGGCCAUCUUCUGUUUCCUUGUAGACCAGAGGAAGCAGGUCCGGGGGAGGAAGCCGGCCGCCGGUUUAUGCUCAAGAUGCGGAGGAGGAGCAGUGGUGGCUGACAUGAAAACCUCUACUAGAUUCUGUGGGGUCCCGUUUUACCGCAAAGCUUGGAAGGCCAUCGUCUGUCCUUUAUGUGGCGCCGUGCUCAAGUCGUACCACUAAUGAGCGAUGAUUUAUGAACAACCAAGUCCAACGUCUUCUUGACUUCUUCAUCUUGUUUUCUGUUUUUUUUGUUUGUUUUAAAUUCAAAUUUGUUUGUCUUAACGAAUCAAGCUACUUGCAAUUGUAUGUAGCUUGUUUGCCCAGUACUCUAGAGACCCUUAUUGUUGUUAUUCAGCUCUUUUCUGACUAAUAUUCUAUUAAAGAUUUCGAGAUGGA